GAAAUAGAAGCCGUACAAUAUAUGCUGCAGUCGGAGCACAGAGAUACUGUGCGUGCACUUUAGUUUUUAAAAUGAGACUAAAGAAGAUUGAUGAAUAAGUUUUAUAUCUGACUGGCGUUAUCAGCGCUGCACUGAACUGCUUCGUUAUUCAGACCAUGUUACGGAACUUCAAGCGACAAUGUUUUGGCUUCUUUUGUGCGUCGUGGAUGUUCUUGUGGACUCAUUUGAGGUUAUUGCCCCAAACAAACAUCUGCAGGCAAUCCGAGGUCAUCCAGCUGUACUGGUCUGUGAGUUCACUCCUGAUCCAAACCUCUUCAACUUGGUUGUUACCUGGCAACGACAGGAGGAUACAAGGGUUGUCCACAGUUUCUAUUAUCAACAGGACCAAUUAGACAGGCAGAGUCCAGAAUACCAUAAUCGGACCUCAUUGUUUAUUUCAAAGCUUCAUGAAGGAAAUGCAUCUUUAAGACUCGCAGCAGUUAGACUCAAAGAUGCAGGAAUGUACAUGUGCGUAGUGAGCAAUACAAAGGGAACAGGAAGAGCCUUGAUGCAAGUGACUUAUGGGGCUCCUUACUCUGAGCCCAGGUUAAGCAUCCAUGUAAACUCCUCUGCAUUGAAAGUUCAGUUUGAGACAGAAGGGUUCCCCAAACCUGAGGUGAUCUGGCGGGGAGAACACGAUCAGAACAUCAGCUAUCACCAGGAGAUCCACAGCCAGACAGAAGAUGGACUUUAUUUCAUAAAGAGCAUCUGUGAGGCCCAGAAGCCAGUGGUUAAUAUCACAUUUACACUAAAGAACCACCUCCUGAACCAGAAUCUGCAGAGAGCAGUAUUCCUCAGCUAUGAUGAAGAGACCACAGACCAUAUGACCAUAGUGCUUGCUGUCCUCUCAGUGAUAUGCAUUAUUCUGAUUAUUGGCAUCACUUGGUUAGCAGUGAAGCAGCAAAACAAGCAGAGAUCUUCCCUGUGAUGAACCAUGACAGUCAAUGAUUGGAGAUGCAGCCACUCCCAAAAGGUCUGCAUGCAUGUUUCGACUUGUGCUAAACAUUAGUGGCAUUGUUAAUGAAAUGCAAACGGAGCACACAUUCAUUAAAUUGUUUUUGUGCGUAUAAAAUAAUUUCAAAACGCACAGAUGUUAUGCAAGUAUGUAUUUCUAAAUAAUUUACAGUGGCGUCAACAAACCUCAGUGACCGUAAGUGGUAGUCAUAUGGAUGUGCAUUUCUUAAUCUUUUUACAGCUUAUUUAUUUGACCAUUUUUGCAGUUUUAUAACUGACAUAAAUAUGCAAUUUUUUAUAUUGUAUGUGGAAUUCGUUUUACACACUCACAAAUGCCACCAUGGAUGUUUAUUCUCACACUUUUAAUUGUCAAUAAAUAUUUCAUAUUUUAACUACGGCAAAAAAUGAUCCUGUACUAGAUCAAAAUUACACAAGUAAUACACUGAACAUCUGCAUAUAUUUAAUUUGUACUGGAUACAAGCCAUGAAUACAUAACAAAUCCAGAUCAAAUAUAAUUACACACAUUCUAGGAUUUGCACUCUGUCUGUAAACAUUUUCAGAAAUGUGCCUAAUUCUUCUGUUACAUUGUUUUGCAAUAAAUAUAGGGAGGGGACUGCAAUGUUGAAACAAUUUAUCAUCAAGGUGGAUUAUAGACCAUAAUGUAUAUGCAUAAGGUUAUGGUCUGGACUUUAUGUUGCUCUUCCAGGCAGCUCAGAUAGUAUUUGUAUUUAAAAGAGUCAUAAACACACAGGAAUUGAAUCAUAUUGUCAUCAGAUUCAUUGCUGUACUUCUCUCUAAUGUUUCCAUCUUUAUCUGAAAAAAGAUUUGAUUUAACACUAGCUACGUUGAGCUUAAAGCGCUGUAUUUAAGGAAUGAUUCAUAAUACCUUAGGUAUAAUAAUAAACAUUGUAGACUCUGCAGGGACAUGUUGGAAAUUCAGUAAUUCACUGUAAAAAAAAGCUACAGUGAACUUGGGUUUUGAAAAGGUGUAGUCACCCAAAGCAUCAGUGCUGAUUACACCUGAAUAUCAAGUUCAGUGGAAACUGUUCACACGGUGGUAGAUACAUCCAAAUAUGAAUUGUUUAAUCAGUCCAUUCUUACAAAGACAGUAAAAACUAGAGGACCAGGGGAAAAAAAUUUUUUUUAGUAAAUAUAAUCUCUGCUGUCAGAUUAGUGACACAUUGUAACUCGAAUGACUUGCUUCAAACACCAUUCAGAAUAACCUGAUGCUGACGACUAUUUUUUCCCCCACACUCUGCGUUUAGAAUAGUUUACAACCCAGCUUCUGUUAGCUUAUGCAUCAAUUAUGUUUUAAUGCAACAUGUACUGUAGAAAUAAUUUCACAUAGUUGGUUAUUAAUCAAAUAAAGCUUGUGUUAAAUGAC